UUCUUGCUCUCAUUAGUUCGACCAGUCAUUGUUCCCUCACCAUUUAUCCUCCAUUGUUGGAAAAAUGUCCCAGACAUUCUCCAAAGACGACGUCUCGUCGCACAAUAAGCCAGACAGCCUCUGGAUCAUCGUCGACGAGGAUGUAUAUGAUGUGAGUAAAUUCCAGGAUGAGCAUCCAGGUGGAAAGAAGAUCUUGCAGCGAGUCGCUGGAAAAGACGCUUCCAAGCAAUUUUGGAAGUAUCACAAUGAGGGUAUCUUGAAAAAAUACCAGGGACAGCUUCAGAUUGGCUCUCUCGACUCCAAACCCAAGGUGGAAGCCCCGCCUACUCCGCCAGCAACGCCUCCAGCAAAGGAGGACACUGUUUCCCCCGAGUCCGCAGGACCAGCUGCUCCCGAACCGGCGCAGACUGUGGCGGAGGUAGGAGAGGCUCUGGAUCCUUUUGGCGACCUGAUCCCAUAUUCGGAUCCUUCGUGGUAUCAAAGCUAUUACUCGCCCUACUUCAAUGAGACACACGCCGCACUUCGUGCCGAAGUUCGCGAAUGGGUCGACAAUGAGAUCCAGCCCUACGUGACCGAGUGGGAUGAAGCGAAAAAGGUCCCCGAUCAUAUCUACAAACAAAUGGGUGAGCGCGGCUACCUUGCCGGACUUAUGGGCGUGCACUAUCCCACGCACCUCACAAAGAGUCGUGUGAAGAGCGUGCCUCCAGAGAAAUGGGAUCUUUUCCAUGAGAUGCUUUUUACAGACGAGCUCUCGGCUGCUGGUAGCGGAGGUCUUGUAUGGAACUUGAUUGGCGGCUUUGGCAUCGGCUGUCCGCCUCUUGUGAAGCAUGGCAAAAAGGAGCUCAUUGAGCGCAUUGUGCCCGGUAUCCUCAGCGGUGACAAGCGCAUUUGCUUGGCCAUUACCGAGCCCGAUGCGGGAAGUGACGUUGCCAAUCUCACCUGCGAGGCCAAGCUAUCCGAAGAUGGAAAACACUAUAUCGUAAAUGGCGAGAAGAAAUGGAUCACCAAUGGUAUUUGGUGCGACUACUUCACCACUGCUGUUCGGACCGGCGGUGAAGGCAUGGGCGGCGUCAGUGUUUUGCUCAUUGAACGUGCCUUUGAGGGUGUAAGCACUCGUCGUAUGGACUGUCAGGGUGUCUGGAGCAGUGGAACUACGUAUAUUACUUUUGAGGAUGUCAAAGUUCCCGUUGAAAAUCUCAUUGGGCGCGAGAACAAGGGUUUCAAAGUCAUCAUGACAAACUUCAACCACGAGCGUAUCGGUAUCAUUAUUCAAUGUAUCCGCUUCUCGCGCGUCUGUUUCUCCGAGUCCAUGAAGUACGCGCACAAGCGCCGCACUUUUGGCAAGCGACUCAUCGACCAUCCCGUCAUUCGCCUCAAGCUCGCCCACAUGGCGCGCCAGAUCGAAGCCUCGUACAACUGGAUGGAAAAUCUCAUUUACCAGUGCCAGCGCAUGGAUGAGACAGAGGCCAUGCUCAAGCUCGGUGGUGCUAUUGCCGCCCUCAAAGCUCAAUCGACUACCACGUUUGAGUUCUGUGCUCGUGAAGCUUCCCAAAUUUUCGGCGGCCUCAGUUACUCCCGUGGUGGCCAAGGCGCGAAGAUUGAACGUCUCUACCGUGAUGUUCGCGCGUAUGCCAUCCCUGGCGGUUCUGAGGAAAUCAUGCUCGACCUUAGUAUUCGACAGGCCCUGCGUGUGCACAAACUCAUGGGUAUGAAGUUAUGAUCGGAAUGUUUUAUUUUUAUUUGUUUCUUUUUCUUUUAAAUUCUCUCGUCUUAUAUAUCAUUUGAUUUCAAUGUAUUUGGUCAGACUAUUUGAGUAUAUGUUUUGGACUUUUCGACAUAUGAGAAAGAAUUAUAGCUUACAGUUGUUCACUUUGUUACUCUGAUGUAUCAUUACAAUACUAUCUACUUUCCAUUGGAACAGACACUUGGUCAUAAGAACAGCGACAUGGGCUCAUGGCUCGCGAAUCGAGCAACUCUCCUUUAUAUGUAUUAAAGUAAACUCAAAAAAAAAAUUAUACGUAUCUACCGUAUAUUCGCCAACUUUUCAUCUCAUGCUAAUUUUAAUUCUAAUGCAAUGUGGCUAUCCAACUAGGCUC